UACGAGUCUGCACGUGAAUUUUCCCUGGGCUCUCGGCUGUCUUGACUGCUCAUAACAAAUCUCACAACACACAAUCUCAAAUCUCAAUCGGCAUCGGCAUCGAAUCCGGUCAACCAACCAACCCAGUAGAAACACACAUUCGAAAUCUUAAUCUGUAUCUGCAUCUGAAUCACAGAGUUCUGCGUUCUGACCACUGAGUUCUAUCGUUGAGUUAAAGCGAAAAAUCGCCAAACACAAAAAGUGCCAAGUGUUAGAAGUGCUAAAUGAAAUUCGAAAUAAAAAAAAAAUCUCUAAAUAAAUAACCAAAUAAAACGCAGUUAGCCCAACGCUAGUCAAGCUAAGCAAACGUGUGAAACCCAAGCAAAUUGCCGUCGGAUUUUUUACUUAACCCAAAGCUGAAAUAAACUUGUUGAGCGCGCUCGAGGGCCACGCCCCCCCCAAAAAAACAAACCGUCGAUCACCAAAAAAAAAAACGAAAAACAAAAUAAACGAUAUAGAAUAUUUUUGCGCCUGCCACGUUGCCCGUAAAAGACGUCAAGACGGUUGCCUCACGGUUCGAGUGGAAUGAGCAUAGGGACCCUGGUCUUCCUUUCGAUCGAUCGGUGUACAAAGUCGUUAAACUGAGCCCCAACUUGGAGCCCUACCCCGCCAGCGUGGAGGGCCUGAACAGCCCCAGAGCGGUGGGGAUGGCCGCGACCUCGUACAUGACGCCGCCGAGCGGUGAUCUGGACAUGGCCCUCGGAGGCGGUGGCUAUCACACCUCGUCGCCGCGUUCGGCCGCGGAUGCCGGUGAGAUGAAGUACAUGCAGCACCAUCAUCAUCAUCAUGCCGCUGCCGCGGCAGCUGCCCACCAUCAGUUGCCCUCAUCGCCAUCGCCCAAUGGCCAGGGCAAUGGUGGCGGCCUGGGACUGGGUCCCGGUUCCGGUUUGGGCUCUUGGAGUGCCCUGCAUCCGGAUCCGUGGAUGCAAACGCAUCAUACGCAUCAUCUGCCCGCCGCUGCUGCCGUUGCCUCGGCCGCCGAUACCGUUAAGCAGGAGAUGUCGCAUCUCUCGCAACAGACGCGCAUCCAACAGGGCAUGGCCUCGCCACAUGCCGCCUGGCACGCCCCCCAUGCGGGACACUAUGCGCCCACGGGCGGAUCACCGUUGCAGUACCAUCAUGCCAUGAACGGAAUGCUCCAUCAUCCGGCCCAUGCGGCCGCAGCGGCCCAUCAUCAGAGUGUGGCGCCACUGCAUCAUGCGCUGCGCGGUGAAUCGCCACAGCUGCACAUACAUCAUCACAUGGGCGGCGGCGAUCGGGAUGCCAUAAGCGGCGGCGAGGAGGACACCCCCACGUCCGAUGAUCUGGAGGCCUUUGCCAAGCAGUUCAAGCAGCGACGCAUCAAGCUGGGCUUCACCCAGGCCGAUGUGGGCCUGGCACUGGGCACACUCUAUGGCAAUGUGUUCUCGCAGACGACCAUCUGCCGAUUUGAGGCACUGCAGCUGAGCUUCAAGAACAUGUGCAAGCUGAAGCCGCUGCUGCAAAAGUGGCUGGAGGAGGCGGACUCCACAACGGGCUCACCCACGUCCAUUGACAAGAUCGCCGCUCAGGGGCGUAAGCGCAAGAAACGCACCAGCAUCGAGGUGAGCGUGAAGGGGGCACUGGAGCAGCAUUUCCACAAGCAGCCGAAGCCAUCCGCCCAGGAGAUCACCUCGCUGGCCGACUCCUUGCAGCUGGAGAAGGAGGUGGUGCGCGUCUGGUUCUGCAAUCGGCGGCAAAAGGAGAAGCGCAUGACGCCGCCAAAUACGCUCGGCGGCGACAUGAUGGACGGCAUGCCGCCCGGUCAUAUGCAUCACGGUGGCUAUCAUCCGCAUCACGAUAUGCACGGCAGUCCGAUGGGCACACACUCCCACUCGCAUAGUCCGCCGAUGCUGAGUCCACAGAAUAUGCAAUCGUCGGCGGUAGCGGCGCAUCAGUUGGCGGCCCACUAG